CCUGGGACACAUCUCUCUUUUUUUACGCUUAAUGUGACUCCACUGAAACACUAUACUGGACUUAACUGACAACCACAGCGUGUCCGGCGCACCUGUUACCUCCACGGAGCGCAAGAUCAUGAUCCCUCCUGGAGACUGCAUGUACGCGGGCAGAAAGCGGAGGAAGCCCGUCCAAAAGCAGAAACCGUCGUCUGCUAAUGAGAAAACAAACCCGUCCAAGCGGCACCGGGACAGGCUGAAUGCCGAGCUGGACCGGCUGGCCAGCCUGCUGCCGUUCCCGCCGGAUGUCAUCUCCAAACUGGACAAACUGUCUGUGCUGCGCCUUGCAGUUUCCUACCUCCGCGUCAAGAGUUUCUUCCAAGCAAAUCAAGACAAGACGCCCAGGAAGCACGUCAACACUGCUUCCUCCAACCCCGAACCCGGCAGGAAAGAGAGCGUCCCAAUGUGCACAAAUGUCACUGAAAGCGGCCUCCUAUUGGAGUCUCUGACAGGAUUUGCCCUGGUGGUGAGCAGCGACGGAAUGGUCUUUUAUGCCUCGUCAAGCAUUGUGGACUAUCUGGGAUUCCAUCAGACUGAUGUGAUGCACCAGAAUGUGUUUGACUACAUCCACAUCGAUGACCGCCAGGAGUUCCAAAAUCAGCUCCACUGGGCCAUGUGCCCUCCACAGCACCAGGCGGGGGCAGCACAUCAGGACGCUGCAGGGACUGGUGAUGAGUUUGUGGUGAGCAGCCUGUUCCAUUCUCCAGAGGCGGGGGGCAUUCCUCCUGAGCUCUCCUGCUUUCUCAACAGAUGUUUCAUAGCGAGGGUUCGAUGUCUGUUGGACAGCACAUCUGGAUUCCUGACAAUGCAGUUUCAGGGUCGGCUGAAGUUUCUCCAAGGACAGAAAAAGAAAUCGGCCUCCGGGGCUCCGUUUCCUCCCCAGCUGGCUCUCUUCUGCGUAGCCGUACCCCUUUUACUGCCCUCCAUCACCGAGAUGAAAAUGAAGAACAUGUUAAUGAGAGGAAAGAACAAGAGCGGAGGAGGGAUGAUCUCGGCACUGGAGCACGGAGAACGAGGUGAACACCUCCGAAGGCACUCCUUCAGUGGAGGAAUGGGUGACGUAGUAGACCCUCUCCUCCUCCCCUGUGCAACCCCUGGUGGCACCCAAAGGGGCCACCACACUCCCUGGACCCCACUCACCAAAGAUAACCUCAAGUUCCGCCCCGAUGGGUACUACAACCAGGAAGAGCCCCUCAAUUUCUGCAAGUCGUCAAUGUCUUCCCAUAAGGGCCUCGGUCCGGGCCCGGGGAGCGGUUGGCCCGUGCGACCAAACUCGGGCCACCUCAGAACAAGCCAGGGGGUCGGCUACGUCCCAACUAACCUCUUAAACAAGGCCGGCCAAUACGGGAAGCCGUACCGUCUUUCCCCUAGCUGCCACAGCGGUAGAAACGGCGAGGUGUUUGUCUCGAAACUCUACGGGAGCCUGCAGAUUCCCGCCGACCCGGACGCCUACUGCGUGGAUUUAGUCAAGAGCGAGAACGGCUACGGCGAAUGCUACGACGGCCACUUGAUGCCGCCCAUCAAAGUAGAGCACGACUCCGACUCGGAAAACGGCUGCGAUCCCUUCGGGCGGCCCUGGGCGCAUCGGGAUCCGGACGCCAUGUACCGUCGCUACGGCAACGGGGCGUACGACCAGAGUUCUGGCAUCCAGCUGAAAUCCGAGGGGGAUUACUACGAUCUGCAGUACUCGCCCUGUCAACGGGGCAAAGCGGGGAUCAGCCCUUCGUACAACACCGGCAACUAUCAGAACUAUGCAAUGAACAACAGCGGACGUUUGUUAAAAUGUGACAAAGACUUGAGCAAUCACGACGACAACGGUCAGUUUAGCCCUCAGAGACUCUCUCACUCCCAAUGCAGUAAUCAAUCGGUCAACCUCAUCGACUCUCACGUCUACCAACAGGAGCCUCAAAAGCCCUACAUGCACCAGGACUUCAACAAGCACAGCACUUACGAGUUCAAAGGUCACGGUCUGAUCCAUUCCAUCAAAAGGGAGCCCAUGGACUCCCCGCCGUGGUCCGAGGGCGGCCAUGACAUGAGCCAGCCCGUGAUGGUCGGCCCGAGGAACGUUAUGCCGUGCGUGAGCACGGGACACCACAAAUCCAGCCCUUACGUUUAUAUGCCCUAAAAAGUAGCGCAGGUUUCCCGUCGUCCGACACAUUUACCAGCAUCAAAUGCAGAACGUCAACAUUCUUCCAUUUGCCGAAGAGGUGACGAGCGAGGCUCAGGUUCUAAGUGUUCGUGUUGUGACAAUCAAAAGCUGAAACAAAUUUAGGAAAUUUGUCCUUCGCAGUUCCAAGCACUUUUGGAUUUAGUGACGAUGAGUCGAAAAAUGUCCGGAGACGCCUUUUAAUUUCAUGCGUCGUGCACACCCAUUGUUUCGCUGUGAUGUUGUCGUCAACCGAUUUGAAUUUGAUCCGCAGAUGAUGACUCACCUCUGCCACGACUCACUUGUCUUUUGAUGUCUGAAUGUGCUUGAAGAUCUUUGGACCUUAGUGGUGGUUUUGCAUGUUUUAGCACUUUAACUUCAAAUCACCCACAAUGACAAACACUGGGUUUGUUUCUAUGAAUUACAGCAACAAGAUACACAAGCUUGCAAAGUGGAGAUCAGUUGAGAAUAGGUCCAAAAUAUUAACGUGGGUCACUAAGGUCAAGCGCAACUAUUUCUGAGAUGCUGGUUUUUGCACUACUAGUACCAAUUUUGGCCUUUCGGUUUACUAUUAAAGCUUACUAGCAAAACUUGAGUUGGGCAAUUCAACUAAAUAUGAAUUGAGUUCAUUGAAUAAAAUACACAACAAAGAAAUAAGAUUUUUCAGAAUGGUUGUCCCUUGUAUCAUAACCCCAACUUCGAAAUAUAAUAAAAGACACAUUGUUAAAUUGUUUUGGAGCAAAUCACUUGCAUGCUUCGUUGAGCUGACUAACACGAUUGCCGUGAAUGUCAAUAUUUUACAUUUUAAAUUUGGUUCCAAGUGGACCAGCAUCCCAGAAUAAAUUCCACGCUACUGGAAACCUGACAGUAUUGUCGAGUCUAUGCAAUUUGCUGUUAAUUGACCAAAACGUGUAAAAGUAGUGAUUCUGUUGCAGCUUUAAGUAUUAUAUACUUGUUUAAAACUUAUUUCUGUCUAUCAGCAGGAUGGCAGUACAUAAGGAAACCCACAAAACUGUCAUUUGGGUUUGAGUUAAACAUGUUGGAGUGCUAACCGGCACCAUUUAAAAACAAAAAGAAGUAAUGUAACACUUAAUAGCUAUUGUCCGUGUAAAAAAGAAUAAAUAAAUAACAAAAAGGUUAAACAAGAACAUCGUCAAUGGAAGUUUUUUUUUUUCAUGUUAGUUUAAACUGAAGGAGAAGACAUUGACAUUUUAGUCUUCUGUAAAGCGCACAAUAGCAUCUUGAAUUUAGAAAUAAUAUUAUUGUUCCAUAUUUUAAUGUCACAGAUUAUGUUGUACAGUUUAGUGUUCACUAUAAGAUCAGCAUUUCAUGGCAGAUAUGACACUUUUUUUUUUUUUUUCUGUUAAUGAUGUGGUUCAGUCAGAGAACUGACGUGGUCGUCACACUCUGUUUUUGCACAACUUAACGAAAAGCACCAAAUUAAUUCACGGCCCCAGUUUGGUGGCGCUACUUUUGUAGUUUCAAAAAUUGCACUACUGAGUAGUUCAGUUGAAGUUUUUUUUUUUUAAAUUAGUCAACACACACGUGUACAUUGUGUCACUGUAUUGAAUUUGUCUUGUUCAAUGUGUGUGCUCAUUUCAAUAAAUGUUUAAUUCGUAUUUAUUGUAAGGCCAAUGUGUAUAAUUUAAAAGCUGCGGUUUGAAGGCUCUCCUCUUUGUCUAAGGUGAAUCCACGUGGCUUUUUCUUGCUACCAUUUUGAUGACUGUAAAAAAAACAAAAAAAACCUGCCCUACUUGUGUCAUUGAGUAGGUAGCUGCAAAAUAGUGAACACGGUGUAAAUAUACAAUGUCUUCCAAUGUUUCUACGUGUUUUUUGCAAAGGAGACUUAUCUAUUAAAAGACUUUUCUUUAUAUGGAAAA